GUCAUUAGUGGUAUAUAUUUAAAAGUGCAUUUAGACGACUGUUUCAGAAAAACUAUAACAAUGAAAAUGUGUUCGACGUAUUUGCUGCUAUUUUUACUGGUUGCUCUUCUGCCAAGUUCACACCAAGCUGAUCAGAAUUCAAGUCAGUGCGAUAAAAAUGAGGUUUAUAGAUGCGAAGAUGAAAUAGAAAAAACUUGCAGUACGCUUGAAAAUGAACGAAAGCCUGUAAACUGUAAAUGUUAUUGUAAAAGUGGAACGUUUAGAGAUGCAGUGUCUGGAAAAUGCGUUGGAAAAUGUCCAUGUCCGAAAGGAAUGGUGUUCAGGUACUUUAAUAAAUGCUUGGAUGAAUGUAAGUUACAGCCUUGUACCAAAGAAGCUGUUGAAGGCUGUUAUUGUCCAAUAAAUCAAUGUUGGGACAGCGAAAGAUGUGUCCCCAGAGUAUAAAUGGGCUUCUUACCUCAAUUACUUAGUGACGAGCAAAACCCUUGGUCUUAGUCUUGUUACUAUACUCUUGCAACUCUUGCAAUUUUUAAUAGAUUAGGAAAACUAGAGGUAUUUUUUACAUAGAAAAUCUUUAAAUAAAUAGUAUAAAAUA